AUGUCGAAGCGAGGUCGCGGAGGAUCGGUGGGAAACAAGUUCCGCAUGUCACUGGGUCUUCUUGUGGCGGCUACGGUCAACAGUGCCGACAAUACCGACGCGAAGAAUCUCUACAUCAUAUCAGUGAAGGGGAUCAAGAGUCGUUUGAAUCGAUUGUCGUCUGCUUGUGUGGGAGAUAUGGUUAUGGCGACGGUGAAGAAAGGGAAACCUGAUUUGAGAAAGAAGGUCACGCCUACUGUCAUUGUUAGACAACGCAAACCCUGGCACCAAAAGGAUGGAGUGUUCAUGUAUUUUGAAGAUGAUUUAGUAGAUUUUGAUUUUGUUUUGUAUAAUGCUGGUGUGAUAGUGAAUCCUAAGGGAGAAAUGAAAGGUUCUGUCAUUACUGGUCCAAUUGAGAAGGAAUGUGCUGAUUUAUGA